CUUGAGCUCAAGCUUUGCUGAAACUGGCCUCGUCUAUGCUGUACUACUGGGCAGUUUCCCAUACCUCAACUAGAUCUUCAUAGCUUCUCUCAAUCUCUUGUUCUUUGUUUUCUCUCGUAGAGUCUUAGGUUUAUCGGCUUUUGUUUGUUUUCUGUGCUGUUUGUUUGGUUCGGACAGUUUUGUUGCGACGAGGAAAUCUGAGUUUCAUGUUCAAAACCUGAGUUUGUUUACGGAUUUAAGCAAGUUAGAGAUAUUUGUGAGAGAAACAAAAAAAAUGUGGGAUCUCAAUGACUGUCCUGAUCAGAGAGCAGUGGACGAUGAAUCCGAAGGCUGCUCGUCCCAGAAGACCAACUCCGGCGACGGCGACGACGACAAGGGCAAGAGGGUCGGAUCCGUGUCCAACUCCAGCUCCUCCGCCGUGGUCAUCGAGGACGGAUCAGACGUCGACGAAGACGCCAACCCCAGCAGGAAGCGCGGCAGCAAGAUAUUCGGGUUCUCCGUCACCGACGACGACGCCGUCGACGGCGCUGAUCCUCCUCCUGUCACCCAUCAGUUCUUCCCGGUCGACGACUCCUCCGAAACCGGAGCCGCGGCUGCUGCUUCGUCAUCUUCUGCUUUCCCGAGGGCCCACUGGGUCGGAGUCAAGUUCUGCCAGGCGGACUCUGCCGGCCCCGGAAAACCGGCGGAGGCGUCGCCGCAGCAGAAUCAGCAGCAGCAGCCGAUGAAGAAGAGCCGGCGUGGUCCCCGGUCGAGGAGCUCUCAGUACAGAGGGGUAACGUUUUACCGGAGGACCGGCCGUUGGGAAUCCCAUAUAUGGGAUUGCGGGAAGCAAGUUUAUCUUGGUGGAUUCGACACAGCACAUGCAGCUGCUCGAGCUUAUGAUAGAGCGGCGAUCAAGUUUAGGGGAGUAGAGGCUGAUAUAAAUUUCAACAUUGAAGAUUAUGAAGAAGACUUGAAACAGAUGAGCAAUUUAACAAAGGAGGAAUUUGUGCAUGUACUUCGCCGACAAAGCACCGGGUUCCCUCGAGGUAGCUCAAAAUAUAGAGGAGUGACUUUGCACAAGUGUGGGAGAUGGGAGGCUCGGAUGGGCCAAUUCUUAGGCAAAAAGUACGUUUAUUUGGGAUUGUUUGAUACUGAGAUUGAUGCGGCAAGGGCCUAUGACAAAGCUGCAAUCAAGUGCAAUGGGAAAGAAGCUGUCACUAACUUCGAUCCCAGCAUCUAUGAGAGUGAGCUGAACACAACUGAGCCUGCUUCUGGUAAUAAUAAUGCUGCAGAUCAUAAUCUGGAUUUGAGUUUGGGAAAUUCAAACCGGAAGAAGAACAACCCAGCAUUUGGGACUGCUCAAAAUCACUCACAUCAAAACACUGCAAUCGAACAACAGCAGCAGCAGCAACAGCAACAGCAACAGCAACAACAUUCUGCCUCUACGCAAUUUGAAUCCAAUUGGAGGAACAAUCAAGGAUUUCGGGCCAAGCCUAGAGAGGAUAAUGACAUCCGUAGAAGAGAUGGGUACUUGGAGAAUGAAGCCAUGCAACUUCUUCUCCGCACAAACCUCCAAUCUCCAUCCCCGACUCAAAUGCACAAGUAUGGGCAGUUUAAUCAGUUCCGAAGCCCUGCCGGAGAGACACCGGCACAAAUGCCUCCCCAUUUUCCACCACAUAGUUUUAACUCUCCAAAUUAUCCGGUUCAGUUUCCGAGCAGCAGCGAGGUCGGAGCGCGCAUUGGGAGUGAUCUCACGCUGUCGAUGAGUGAUCGACAACAAUGGCAACCUGGUCAUGCCUCCGAGUUAUUCGCUAGUGCUGCAGCAUCAUCAGGAUUCCCACCGCAAAUUAGACCACCACCAUCACAAAAUGGCUGGCUGCAGAAGAAUAAUGGCUUCCACUCCCUCGCUAGGCGCAGUUGAGAUCGAUAUUUGGACUAGGGAGAUCACCCUCUAACAAUUUUCUCUGCCUUUCUUUACCAGAAAUCAUCAAGAUUGUCCUAACUAGUUGAUCAAGCUAGCCAAGUACUCUAUUAUGUAAGCUAAUUAAAUCUUCCAAAAACGAUGUCGUUUGGUAGCAUGAAUGAAGAGAAGAAAAAAAAAAAUCGGAAGUAAGGUAAUUCCAAUUUCCUGGGG